ACUGGAUUCUCAGAACUGGUGAUGCUCGGAGUUUCGAGGAAACUUUUACAAGAUUUCGACAGCAUGGCCACGACCCCAGAUGGCUGCAUUCAGUUCACCCGCCAUGCAGGCGACGUCCUGCUCAACUUCAACCGCCUCCGCAGCAGAAACAUCCUGACUGAUGUCACCAUACAGGUGGACGGGCAGCAAUUUCGUGCUCACAAGGCUGUUCUGGUGGCCUGCAGUGGCUUCUUUUAUUCUGUGUUCAUGGACCCCGAGAAUGCAAACCUCAGUGCCAUCAGCUUAGAUCCCAAAGUGGACCCCAAGGGUUUCUCAAUCCUGCUGGACUUUAUGUACACGUCCUGUCUCAACCUGAAGGACAGUCUUGUGGUUGCCACCAUGAACACAGCUGUCUACCUCCAGAUGGAGCAUGUGGCUGACACCUGCCACAGGUUCAUCAAGUCCAGGAAUCAGUCUCUGAACAUGACAGCUGAAGAGGUACAAGUUAACUCUUUAUGUCUGUCUGAGGAAAGACCUGCUGCUGAAAAAGAACCAGACUUUACAAAAAUCCACACAUCAAACUCCUCCUACAUCCCCAAUGUCUUCAGGGGGAUCAACACCUCCGGCUCCUAUCACGUCUAUGGUGACCCCCAUGUCCCUGUUGGCCAACUGGAAAGUCCCCAAAAGUCCACCAACCUUACCAGAAGAGGGGUUUUGUCCCAGUCGACUCACAGUGAAUCCAACAGGAUCAUCUCCCACCCAGUGCCACCCCACCCAAGUUUCCCCACUACCACCAUCAUGAGACAGGCAGGAAUUCAAGAGGGUCUUCAAAGGCCUGCCACACCCACAGAGGAAGACAGUGUUCAGCACCCACAAAGCAGCUGCCUCAGAUUGUCUCCCAGUUUUCUAAAAGGUGUGAUCUGUAGCCCUCAAAGCCCUCUGAGAUCUGACUGCCAGCCCAAUUCGCCCACAGAGUCUAACAGCAGCAGAAGCGCCUCCCUCAGCCUCAAACAGCUGUCAGACUGCCCUAAUGACACCAAGGCCCGCAACUGGAAGAAGUACAAGCUGAUUGUUAUGAACCAAACGCCCGAUGAGAACGAGAAGGAGGUUCAGGGAGGCAGUGCCGAAGCUGCAGCUAUGUCCCCCAUGCUGAGCCCGUACAGGAGUGGAGAUGCGGGGGGACACAGCAAUGUUCAGAUGGAAGAGGGAGCUACCGAGCACAGAGAGGAAACGUUGACCUCUCAGAGUGUGGACAGCUGUGGCAGCAGCACCUGCAGCAGCAUCAGCCAGCGCAGAUGCUCCUCUUGUGGUUGUGACAGCCCCCGCUGCAUGGAGAUGGGUCACCUCUCUCCUGACUCGUACAGCAGAGAUGAAACCACCAAACUACACUCAGAGAAUUCCCCCUCCACCUGUGAAAACAACACCUACUUCUGCAACGGCUGUGACUCGAAGUUCUUAGAGGAGGAUUCCCUCAGAGACCACAUGGUCCAGGUCCACAGUGACAAGCCAUACAAGUGUGACUGCUGCCAGGCUGCCUUUCGCUACAAAGGCAACCUGGCCAGCCACAAGACCGUUCACACUGGUGCAAAGCCGUACCACUGCAACAUCUGUGGGGCUCAGUUCAACCGACCAGCCAACCUCAAGACGCACACGCGCAUUCACUCUGGAGAGAAGCCAUACAAGUGUGAAACCUGCGGCUCCAGAUUUGUCCAGGUGGCCCAUCUCCGCGCUCAUGUGUUGAUCCACACUGGAGAGAAGCCGUACCCGUGCGAGAUCUGCGGCACACACUUUCGCCACCUUCAGACGCUCAAGAGCCACAUGCGCAUUCAUACAGGAGAAAAGCCUUAUCAUUGUGAAAAAUGCGACCUCCACUUCAGACACAAGAGUCAGCUGAGGCUUCAUCUUCGGCAGAAGCAUGGCGCCGUCACCAACACCAAGGCGCAGUAUCGCAGGACGCCCACUAACGUCCUUACCAACCUGAUAAGCUCAUGCUGAAGUCCUUCUGUGCAUUUUCCUUUUGCGUCAGCCACCAUUUUGUCAAAAGAUUUUUAUUUUUUACAAACAGAAAACAUAAAUAUUAUAUGUAUGUAGUACAUGCCUUUUAUGCAUUUGUAUAUGAUGCGCAGACGUUACUUUAUGUAAGCUCUUUGGUAUUUCAAAGAUUGUAGAAGUUAAUGCUUUGGCUGUGAAUGUCUAACAACAGAGUGCACAUUGUGAAUGCGAACAUGAGCAGGUAUUUCUCUGUUUGGCCAAUCACGCAUCAGUAUGGCAGCAUUGAAGGACAGUCCUCUCUUGCUCGGAUUGAGAAUCACUGUUACACUUUUGCUUCAGCUACUGGUGAGAAUUAGCCCAGUAAUGUGCUCAUUGUUCAUGUUUCAUUAGUUUAUUUUUGUAAAUAAGAUAAUAUAUAUUUUUCAGAUUGCCAUCUGCUGGCAGAGUACAGAUAUAUUUACGCAGAGUUUGUUUUUCUUACAUGCAGUUGAUAACACAAGGGCUUGUUAUUUUGCCAUGUCAUAGUUUGUGGUACAUUUUCAUCUGUUUAAAAUGCUUUGUAAAUAUUUUCUUUUUUCAACCGUUUCACUUGUUAUAUUCUUAUUUAUGUUCUUUCCUUUGCUGUAUUCUAACACAUUUGGUGCUGUAAUGAUCCAUUCACAGGAUCAUUAAAAUUUGAUUGUAUUUUAAAUAACCAUAUGUAUUAUAGCACGCUUGUACGAACCAGUAUAUUCACAGUGCCUUACACAUUUAAACUUCUCUAUUUGCUAUCUUCCCCAUCAUGUUAAAUGUCACAGUCAUCGUGAUGUAUUUCUCAUUUGGUACAUUGCCCUUUUGUCAUGUGCAGUCACAUCAGGUACUGUUAUCUUGUAGCUGAUUGUUUUGUGUAGCUCUUAAAAUGCAGAUGCACCAGGCCCCAAGCUAAAAAAUGCUCAGGAAAAUAUGUCAGCAAAUGUCUUUGUAACUGCAGAGAAUGAUAUAUGAAAUAUAUAAAUUACAUGAAAAUAAAAUAUACAUUAUGGA